UAAAUCCAAAGAAAUACAACUUUUGAUUUUCUUCAAAAUAGCAACGAAAAAAACAUUGGCGAAGCCCAAUUCCGCUACACCGUGCGCCUAAGACAAGAAAGCGAGGUUUUAGACAAAGCGAAAAAAACACUCGACUCAUGAAAUGAUCGAUUAACAACAACAAAAAAUGGCAGAAGAAGAAGAUAACGGAAGCACAAGCAGAGAAGAACAAGAAGAAGCAUUAGUCGCUUUAAUCGAACACCGUACCUGCGAAGUUAACAAUCUCCGUAAACGUCUCGCUUAUUACAAAAAUCAGCUUGAUGAAGCGGAAAAGAGGCUUAAAGAUACAGAAUUGAAAUUGGCUCGUCUUCGAGGUCAAACUAAUCCAGUUCAAUCUACAACUAAAAAAUUAACAAAUUCUGAUAAUAAUGAUAAUAAUAAUAAUGGAAUUGUAGCUGUGAAAACAGAGCCUAGAUCAAAUAGUCCUAUUAUUGAUAGGAAUGAGCGAACUUACAAAAGUAAUAAACCUGCACUUGUUAUUCCUGUUGUUACUCCUAAGGUUUCGCGGCCUCCUGCUGCUGCUGCCAGAGCUUCUUGUUCUGAAACAGUUACUCCACCGGUUUCUUCUACUUCAGUUAGUGCUGGAAAAUCUGAUAAGGCUCGUCGAGAGCAACACAAUGUUGAAGUUAAGGAUAAAGGGAUCAAAAGAAAAUUUGAACAGAAAGAACACCAGGAAUUGAUUCCUUUAAUACGUAAGAGUUCCACAGUGAAAUUGGUACACUGCCAAGGAAGCAACCACAUCUCAAGUCAGCACAAGAGGAAAUUGCGGAGUAUUGCUUUGUCUCCUGUGAAUGAUCAGAUUUUUGCAACUAGUGCUUUGGACGGAGUGGUCAACUUUUGGCAAGUCCAAUCUAGGGGAUCAGGAGCCUCUCUGCUUAAUUCUUCUGAUUCCGCAUCCCAAAAAAAGAGAUGGCCAGAAGAUAUAGCUUGGCACCCGGAAGGAAACCGGCUCUUUUCAGUAUAUACCGCUGAUAGUGGAGACUCACAAGUAUCAAUUACAGAUCUGAAUAAACAAGGGGGAGCACGUGUGAAAUACUUAGAGGACAAGCCCCAUUUUAAGGGAAUUAUCAAUGGCAUUGUUUUUAUGCCCUGGGAAGAUACAUGUUUUGUAACUGGUGGAAGUGACCAUGCUGUUAUACUUUGGAGUGAGCAGGAUGGUGAGAACAAAUGGAAGCCAAAACCAUUGCACAGGAAUCUUCAUUCUUCUGCUGUCAUGGGUGUUGCUGGUAUGCAGCAGAAGCAGAUUGUGUUAUCUGCAGGUGCAGACAGGAGAAUAUUUGGAUUUGAUGUUGGUGUGGGAAGAGCAGAUUUCAGUCAUCAGAUUGAUAGUAAAUGCAUGAGUGUCGUUCCCAAUCCGCGUGACUUCAACUUGUUUAUGGUUCAAACAGGGACACACGAAAAGCAGCUUCGACUAUUUGAUAUUCGAUUGAGGCGGACAGAACUUCAUGCUUUUGGGUGGAAACAAGAAAGCAGUGAAUCCCAAUCAGCUCUGAUAAAUCAGGCUUGGUCUCCUGAUGGUCUUUAUAUAACAUCUGGUUCGGCAGAUCCUGUGAUUCACAUAUUUGAUAUAAGAUAUAAUGUUAACAGGCCUUCGCAAUCUAUAAGAGCUCAUCAGAAACGAGUCUUCGGAGCCCUGUGGCUUCAGUCUCUUCCUCUUCUCAUUUCCAUAUCAUCUGAUCUCAACAUUGGGUUGCACACCCUGCAGAAGUAGUGUUCCGUCUCCAUCCUUUUGUUGGUGCCGAGUAUUGAAUUCUUAUUUUACUUGAAAUUUUUUAGGAAGGAUUGUUGAUUUUACUUAGAACUUCGGAAUUUUGUGAGCUGUAACAUGUAAUUUUUGGCGGAGUAAAGGGAUAAAUUUAUUUGAACUGCAAAUUAGGAAAUUUUGGUUUGGUAUGGCCUACU